AUGGCAGCUCCUUGCAGCCUGAAAGCGCUCGCCCACUGCACUGUCUUGCUGCUCACUGUCAGAGGAGCCUUCGGAGGCGACUUCGGCGUGGGGGACAUCGGGAGGGCCAUCAGGUCUGUGAGCCAGGAUGCUCCCAAGAUGCCGAACGCCGUCCAGCAGAGGAUCCAGCACGCGGCGGAGAACCCCCAGCGGCUGGUCGGGGGCGCUGGCCAGGCGCUCGCGGGCGUGGACGCCGCCAGGGCCGUGGGCACCGCCGGGGUCGCGGCGCGGAGCGCGUCGGGGGCCCUGCCGGCGGUCUCCGUGGCCGUCGGCGGCAGCCAGGCCGGGGCGGGGCCGUCGACCACGGCUCUGCCCACGGAGCUGCCUGGCGAGGCGGCCACCCGCAGCCAGGUGGUGCAGGACGCUCUCAGCGACGCGUUCGGAGGUCGGGGCGUCAAGGACGCCGUCGGCAAGGCCACCCCAGGGGGCGUGGCCGGGGCGAUUGCGAAGCUGACUGGGGCCAGGAUCGAAGGCGCCGCCUCGCGAGUUGCCGAGCGCGGGCAGGAGAUCGCCGACGCCGUGCAGGACGCCAGCGUCAAGGACAUUGUGAGGGCAGCGAGCGGUCCGGCCGCCACGCCCGUCUCGGCAGUGGGUCAGGCCGUGGGCCGGGCGAAGCGCGCCUGGGCUGGGCAGAGGGCAGAAGCGGCCGGCUUGGCCGACAAGGCGAAGACCGCCACGGUGAAGGACAUGAUGGAUUUGGUCGGUGCCGACGGCGCCAAGAAGGGCGCUGCGAUCGUCAAGGGGUCCACUUGGCAGGAUUUGAGCGACGCCGUCAGGAGGGACGACGUUCAGAGCGCCAUCGCGGACCCCGAGCGAACUGCUCAGAAGAUUGGCAAGAGCAAGUUCUUGAGUCCCACGCGCGGGCGCCAGGUGAUUGACGGAGCGGACGUCGACGGCGAGCAGAACGUGGUCGACGCCAGACUGGUAGCCGUCAUCGUCUUCGCGGGCCUCGCCGUGGGUGCCUACGCCCUCCUGCGGCGCCUCUCGAAGCCCAGGCCAGCAGGAGUGGGCAUGCUCAGCGGCGAUCACGAGCAGGACAGCGUUGCAGCGGCUCGCAGCUGGAUGGGCACGAGCGCGCGGGAUGUGAUUUCCAGUGCGCCGGGCGGAAAUUCGGCCGGAUUCUCACGUUUCUAG